AUGCAGGCCCCUGUGGUAUUUAUGAACACUUCUACGGAACGUAAGACCGGCCGCGAAGCCCAGGUCUCGAAUAUCACCGCGGCAAAGGCGGUGGCCGAUAUCAUCAGAACUUGUCUUGGUCCAAAAGCAAUGCUUAAAAUGCUUUUGGAUCCUAUGGGUGGGAUUGUCCUUACCAAUGAUGGACAUGCCAUUCUUAGAGAAAUCGACGUGUCACAUCCUGCUGCAAAAUCGAUGAUUGAGCUUUCCAGAACCCAAGAUGAAGAAGUUGGUGAUGGUACCACCUCGGUGAUUAUUUUGGCCGGAGAGAUUUUGGCCCAGACAUUCCAAUAUAUUGAGAAGAAAAAUAUACAUCCAGUGAUUAUCAUCCAAGCUUUGAAGCAGGCUCUUAGCGACGCAUUGGAUACAAUCCAUGAGAUUUCCAAACCAAUUGACAUUGAUAAUGAAAGCGCUAUGAUCAAGUUGAUCAGUGCCUCUAUCGGUACCAAAUACAUUGCCAAGUGGAGUGAUAAAAUGUGUCAAUUGGCCUUGAAGGCUGUCAAAACCGUUCUGGUGAACGAGGACGAUCACAAGGAAAUCGACAUCAAGAGAUACGUCAGAGUGGAAAAAAUCCCUGGUGGCGAAGUAGAAGAUUGUGAAGUUCUUGAUGGGGUGAUCUUGAAUAAAGACAUUACCCACCCUAAAAUGAGACGUCACAUUGAAAACCCUAGAGUCAUGUUGUUGGAUUGUCCACUCGAGUACAAAAAGGGGGAAUCACAGACUGAUAUUGAAAUCACCAACGAAGAUGAUUGGAACAAGAUCUUACAAAUUGAAGAAGAACAAGUGAAAUUGAUCUGUGACCAGAUCUUGGAAUUGAAGCCAGAUUUAGUGAUUACCGAAAAAGGGGUUUCUGAUUUGGCCCAGCAUUAUCUCUUGAAAGGUGGGGUCACUGCGCUUAGAAGAGUGAAGAAAUCCGAUAACAACCGUAUUGCCAGGGCCACCGGGGCCACUAUUGUCAACAGGGUUGAAGACCUUAGGGAAUCCGACAUUGGUACCAGAUGUGGACUUUUCAAAGUUGAAUUGAUUGGCGAUGAAUAUUUCUCCUGCUUGGUGAAGUGCAAGGACCCUCAAGCAUGUACUGUGUUAUUGCGUGGUCCAUCUAAGGAUGUCCUCAAUGAAAUUGAACGUAAUUUACAGGAUGCCAUGGCCGUCACCAGAAACGUGUUAUUCGAGCCAUCACUUUCUCCAGGGGGUGGUGCCACCGAAAUGGCAGUCGCCGUCAAACUUUCAGAAAAAGCUAAGUACAUUGAAGGAAUCACCCAGUUGCCAUAUAAGGCGGUGGCCGAUGCCAUGGAAGUGAUUGCCAGAACUUUGAUCCAAAAUGCUGGGGGUAACCCAAUCAGAGUGGUUUCACAGUUGAGAGCUAAGCACGCCACUGGGGCCUAUACUUUUGGUAUCGAUGGGGAGACCGGUAAAGUAGUAGAUAUGAAAGAAUACGGAAUCUGGGAGCCGGAAGUUAUCAAGCAACAGAGCAUUAAGACUGCUAUUGAAAGUGCCUGUUUGUUAUUGCGCGUCGAUGAUAUCGUCAGUGGUGUUCGUAGAGGCGGUAAUUGA